CUGGAACUUGUAACCUAUGCAAGGACGAAAGAAAAAGACUGCAUCGAGGUUUCACUGACUGCUUGCAGUUCAUGAGAGGGAAGGUGACUGUUUGGAUCUGAAGAGCAUAGAGGGUACCGGAUAAAUUUAUCUGCUGCAUUAAAACACCAGGUACCAAGUUAAAAAUGGCCAGUGGCUUCUUGAACUUGGUCUUUUUGCUGAGUAUGAGUGGCUGUCUUUGUCAACGGGAUUGCACCGGUGUGGAUUGUCCUGUACUGAACAACUGCAUCGAAGAGGUUUUGGACACUGGUGCAUGUUGCGCCACCUGCGUGCAAUCAGGAUGCAUGUGCGAGGGAUACCAGUAUUAUGACUGCAUUAGUGCUGGUUUCAAAAAUGGUAAGGUUCCAGAAGGCGAGUCAUACUUUGUGGAUUUUGGAAGUACCGAAUGCUCCUGCCCGCAGGCUGGAGGAAGGAUCAGCUGCCAUUUUAUUCCAUGCCCUGAGAUUCCAGCUAACUGCAUUGAAUUGUCAGAACCGGCGGACGGGUGCAUUCAGUGUUUGCGCAUUGGAUGCGUUCACGAGGAGCAGAAGUACAAUGCUGGACACUCUUUCCAAAUUGAUCCUUGCCAAGUCUGCCACUGCCCGAAUGGUGGUGGAAAACUCAUGUGCUAUCCGAUUCCGAACUGUGACUCGAAUAGCAUUCCGAAGCCUAUUCUCGAAAUAACAACUGAGGAAAGCACACCAGAAAAGCUCAUCAGAGACCCUAUACAGCACAUUUUUAACCAUCAAGGUUCUAGGAGUCACUUAAUGAAAUACCUUCCUGCUUUGCAAAGUGCUAGUAAUCGUACUUUGAAGCUGCAUCCAAGCCACAUGGGUGAGGAGGAAGAAUAUGAAGAAGAUUAUGAUUAUCCACCCACUGAUUCUUCAGAUCAAUCCCUGCAUGAUUUUGCCUCUCCUACUGAUUCAUCCAUCACUUUUACCCCCCGUCAAGCCUUCCACAGGGGAGCAAAACCAGAACUAAGAGAGAUUUUUGGUUUUCAUAAAUCCACAACAGACAGGCCAAAGCUUCCCUUUCAUAAAGACAGUAUGGACAGGAUGAAAAUUGGCAUUCAUAAAGACAAUCCAAAGAAAGAGCUAUUCAGCUCUCAGAAAUUUAAAACAGACCGGGAACAAUUCAUCCGCCCUGUGGAAGCUACAAACAGAGUGGCAUUCUCCAAUCACAAAAAUACAAUGAAGACACAGAGCUUUAGUCUAUACAAAGACAACUCCAAUGAGGAGGCCUUAACUGACAUUGACAGCAAUAUAGAUAAUGAGCAGCUCACAUUUCCUACAGAAACAACUGAUGGGGAUAUUUUUUAUUCACAGGAAGACAAUACAUACAGCGAAGCAGUUACAGACUCUCCAACGACUGUUGAGCAAACUACAUCUCAACUCUGGGAAACCACAGCUUCAUGGCAGAACACUUGGAACAGCUUAUUGGAGAGUGAAAUUAAUUCACUUCUUCCCGAUACAGUGGAAACAGACAAGUUCAAACAAGAGGAAAGCAUCUCAAGGCAAAGAGCAACUGUUUUAAAUGAAACCACAAGCGAUGAUGACAUUCAACCAACUGGUGUUGAUGAGAAUGAAAAUAUCCAAAGCAGUGCAGGUCCUGUUGAGCAAAGUGUGACUGUAUCAGGUACUGAUCCCAGCGAAACUUUACCAACACCUUCAGAGGACCACAGAGAACAUUCUGUAGACCAUAAACAACUUCCUGUGGAACAGAGAAAACCUGCAGCAGAACAUGUGCAGUCCUUAGAUGAGCACAAUACCAAGCUUGAAGGGAAACAUGAGUGGCAGUUGUUCUCUCCAGUCAAGUUUAGUCCAACCAGCCCACCUCCUUACAAACAGUCACACAGUUUGCUUAGCUUCAGAGAGGAGGAGGAAGAUGCUGACAACACCCUUAGUCCUCAUUCUAGGAUGGAGGAGGCUCCAGGUUUGGUGGAGAGCUGUUGCAUAGCUGGACAGAAAUGGGCUGAGUCGAAGCAGUACUGUAACCAUAUGCCUGUCAAAACAGAAGAGCUCAGCUCUGUGUGUGGUGUUGUCCAAAAACAAUGCUGCACAGGGGCUCUGAGAGAGAGCAGGUGUCAGGCUGGCAUGAACGCAGCGAAGGCCGGACUGGUGUGUGAGGGAGGAAACGGCCCACUCUGUGGAGAAGACUCUCAAAUGGAUUGCUGCAGCUGCUGUGAGCUGGGUCUGCGUCUGCGCAGGGAAGGCAAAGGAUGUGAAGCGCAUCAGUACCUGAGCUACCCAUGUGGACACGUCUUCCUCAUGUGCUGUGAAGAUGGGGAGGAGGGGCUUGCUCCCCCCACACUGAGGAAAAAAGAGAGGCCUCAGCCGACCACCAUUCCUAAGAGAGAGUCAGACAGUCAGUUUCCGAAGCAGGCUCUGUCUGUUGGAGAUGUGGAUCAUGCAGCAAAUUCACUGGAGGAUCUGGAGCAUGAAGACAGGUGUCAGAGGUUCUCAGCCUUCUGCCAUCACACCUGCAUCAACACUCGGGACUCUUACAUGUGUGCCUGUCACCCUGGAUACACACUCCUUCAGGAUGCACGAACCUGUGUACCAGAGAACCAGGAGGAAGACAACAGAUUGAGUGAGGAAGACAGGCUGGGCUCUAUACCUCCAGUGAGACAAGAAACCACCACUCAAACGCCAGCGUUACGUAAUCCGUGCACAGGUAAUGGGCUGUGUCCUCAGCAGUGUUCUGUGAUCAGAGGACUCGCCCAAUGCUCCUGUUUCCCAGGAUUCUCUCUGAUGGCCGACGGACACACCUGUGAAGAUGUGAAUGAGUGUAUGAUGAAUACACACACCUGCAAGGUGGACGAGCGAUGUGUGAACACAGUGGGAGCAUUCAUUUGUGAAAGGAGGAUCUCAUGUCCGAGUGGCUACCAGCAGAGUAAUGGAGUAUGUGAAGAUGCUGAUGAGUGUGUGAUGCAUACUCAUAACUGUGGGAUGGACUUCCAAUGCCAGAAUACUGAUGGCUCGUUCGUGUGCAUCCCGAAGCAACGCUGCCUCGCAGGCUUCACUCAGGACUUACACGGCAACUGCAUUGACAUAGAUGAAUGCAGCAGUGUGAGAGAACCAUGCACUGCUGGCUUUAACUGCAUAAACACGGUGGGCUCGUACACCUGUCAGCGCAAGACUGUCAUAUGCAGUCGAGGAUAUCAUUCCCGCCCUGAUGUGGCACGUUGCAUUGAUGUGGAUGAAUGUCAGACCACCACCCACCGCUGUGGACAGGGCCAGAUCUGUCACAACCUGCCUGGCAGCUACCGCUGUGACUGUCAAACUGGAUACCAGUACGAUGCCACUCGCCAGCUCUGCAUGGAUGUAAAUGAGUGUUGGCGGUACCCGGGCCGCCUGUGUGCCCAGACCUGCGAGAACACGCCAGGCUCCUACCAGUGCUCCUGUACCACCGGCUUCUCCCUGGCCUUUGACGGCAAGAACUGUGAAGAUCUUAAUGAAUGUGACAACAAUCCCUGUAGUCAGGAGUGUGCAAACAUCUACGGCUCUUACCAGUGUUACUGCCGAUUAGGCUACUACCUGAAAGAGGAUGGACACACAUGUGAAGAUAUUGACGAAUGCGCACAGAGCAUCGGAAACCUCUGUGCAUUCCAGUGUGUUAAUGUCCCGGGUAGCUACAAAUGUGCCUGCCCUCCCCAUGGUUACUCAAUGUCAGCGAAUGGACGUACCUGUCAAGAUAUUGAUGAAUGUGCCGUUGGAACACACAACUGCUCUACUUCGCAGACCUGUUUUAACAUUCAGGGAGGUUUCCGUUGCUUGUCCUUUACAUGUCCAGAGAACUACAGGAGAGUGUCGGACAUACGCUGUGAGCGAAUAAGUUGCCCCAACUUCCAACAAUGCCAGACCAUGCCAUUGCGCAUCACAUACUACCAAUUGAGCUUCCAAACCAACAUCGUCAUCCCUGCUCAGAUCUUCCGCAUCGGACCCUCACCUACCUACUCUGGUGACAACAUCAUCAUCAGCAUCCCAUACGGCAACGGAGAAGGCUACUUCAGCACGCAGAAACUUAACAGCUUCACGGGCGCUGUGUACCUGCACCGCCAGGUGCGCGAGCCGCGGGACUUCCUCAUCGACGUGGAGAUGAAGCUGCUGCGUCAAGGAACUUUCACAACUUUUCUGGCCCGAAUCUACGUGUUCAUCACAGCAAACUCCAUGUGAUAUUCUGCUCUUCUGUGACACCUUUGAUUUCAUAUGUUACUCAACUCUUCAAGCUUCUGCCUUGAAGUGGUUUGUUACCUGGCAGUUCUCUGGGCUUCUCUUUGCUUAAUGGAUUUUGCUUGGAGAGACUUUGAUGGGACACUUCCAAUGGGAUUCAACCGCUUUUGAGUAGAGUGGGAACAAACAGGAUGGAGUGCUGAGACUGACAUAAACACUCUGCUUUUAAAACUCCUAGUUUUUCCUCUUCAAAAGCAUUGAAAGUAUUUUACACCAAAUGCUAUUUAUACCGUACCAAUUUAUCUUGAUUACCUGAAACUGCUUUUUAUAGCACUUCAAUACAUUUCUAACAACACAAUGUUUCUCAUCGGGGUUGGCAGGAUACAGCUGAGGCAGACUUAUACAUUUCACAAAAUUGUAUUGCUGUCACAGUUCUUCUGUUGACCCUUAAAGCACUGUCACCUCAUUUGAACGUCUCAGAAUUUCACAACUCAUUUGAAACAACUGAUAAAGUGUAUUUGAAAAUGUAUCCAUCACAACUCGAGAUCAUACCCGACUACAAAAGAGAACAUUGUGUAAUCAUUUCUGUAAUCAUCGUGUUAAACACUUGCAGUUAAAAUGUGUUCUGUUUUUUUCCCCGUAAUAUUUGUUUUUCGAAAAAUGUGCUCUCUUGGUACCUCUUAGUGCAGAGUAAACAGUUUUAGAAACAUUCCACAUGCACAACUGAAGAGUGUGUGAGCAAUGAAAUGAGAAUGUUUCAUUGUUAUACAUAUUUUUUUAUGUCUUUAAUUUGUAGUACUGCACCCAUUUUUAUGUAUUACUGUCUCGGAAAUUCAACUCAGGGUAUAAGCGUACAAUCAUCUCACCAUUCUCUUGUGCACAGUAUAUCUGAAAUCAUAGUUCAGGCUAUUGAUAUUGAUAUAUGAUAGUGUUUCAUACAUGUUUCAUCAAUGCUUCAGUAUCUCUGACUUCCAUUGUUGUCUAAUACUGAGUUUAUUGCUCUGGUUCAAUAA